CCCCCUUCCUUGGCUUGGGCCCUGGGCCCUCGCUGCCACCUUUGGCCACUGCUGCCUGGGGAGGCGGGGCUCGGGCCGCUCUGGAUGGUGGCUAAAAUGAUCAUAGAAAACUUCGAGGCGCUGAAAUCGUGGCUCAGCAAAACCUUGGAGCCCAUAUGUGAUGCAGAUCCAUCAGCCCUGGCUAAGUAUGUUCUUGCUUUGGUAAAGAAGGAUAAAAGUGAGAAAGAACUGAAGGCAUUGUGUGUUGAUCAGUUGGAUGUCUUUCUUCAAAAGGAGACCCAGAUAUUUGUAGAAAAACUUUUUGAUGCUGUGAAUACAAAGAGCUACCUACCUCCACCAGAGCAGCCAUCAUCAGGAAGCCUGAAAUCAGACUUCUUUCAGCAUCAAGAAAAAGACACGAAGAAGGAAGAGGUAAUUAAAGAGGAAGAGCGAGAGAAAAAGUUUUCAAGAAGGCUAAACCAUAGUCCCCCUCAGUCAAGCUCACGGUACCGAGAAACCAGAAGCAGGGAUGAAAGAAAGAAAGAGGAACGCUCCCGCAAGAGAGAAUAUGAUCGGAAUCCUCCACGAAGAGAGUCCUACAGAGACCGUUAUAACAGAAGGCGGGGCCGGAGCCGGAGCUACAGCAGGAGUCGCAGUAGAAGCUGGAGCAAGGAAAGAUUGCGGGAUCGAGAUAGGGACAGGAGCAGGAGUCGAACUAGAAGUAGAACACGGAGCAGAGAAAGGGAUCUGGGAAAGCCAAAAUAUGACUUGGACAGAACUGAGCCAUUAGAAAACAACUAUACUCCUGUUUCUUCUGUUACAAACAUUUCAUCUGGCCACUACCCUGUCCCUACGCUAAGUAGCACUAUAACAGUUAUUGCUCCUGCUCACCAUGGAAAUAAUACUACUGAAAGUUGGUCAGAAUUUCAUGAAGAACAGUUGGACCACAAUUCCUAUGGGAGACCUCCACUGCCCAAAAAACGUUGCAGAGACUAUGAUGAAAAGGGAUUCUGUAUGAGAGGAGAUAUGUGUCCUUUUGAUCAUGGAAGCGACCCCGUAGUUGUAGAAGACGUGAACCUUCCGGGCAUUCUGCCUUUUCCAGCACAGCCCCCAGUUGUUGAAGGACCACCUCCUCCAGGACUUCCUCCCCCACCACCUAUUCUUACUCCUCCUCCUGUGAACCUUAGACCUCCUGUUCCACCUCCAGGCCCUUUACCACCCAGCCUUCCACCUGUUACAGGACCGCCACCUCCACUUCCACCUUUGCAGCCCUCUGGUAUGGAUGCUCCUCCAAACUCUGCAACCAGUUCUGUUCCUACAGUUGUAACGACGGGUAUUCAUCACCAGCCACCCCCUGCUCCACCUUCUUUAUUUACAGAAACGUAUGACACAGAUGGCUAUAAUCCUGAAGCGCCAAGUAUAACCAGCACUUCGAGGCCCAUGUAUAGACACAGAGUGCAUGCCCAAAGACCAAAUUUGAUAGGACUCACAUCGGGUGAUAUGGACCUGCCACCAAGAGAAAAACCUCCUAAUAAAAAUAGCAUGAGGAUAGUGGUAGAUUCUGAGUCCCGAAAAAGAACGAUUGGUGCAGGUGAUGGAGUUCCAGCAAAGAAGAAUUGGUUUGAUAAGCAAAACUUUAAUAGAACCAACAGUCCAGCUUUCCAGAAGAAGGUGCAGUUUGGAAAUGAAAAUACCAAACUCGAAUUGAGGAAAGUUCCUCCAGAGCUUAACAGUAUCAGCAAGCUAAAUGAGCACUUCAGCAAAUUUGGAAAUUUAGUAAAUUUGCAGGUUGCCUACCAGGGAGAUCCAGAAGGUGCCCUCAUCCAGUUUGCUACCCAUGAGGAGGCAAAGAAAGCUAUAUCGAGCACAGAAGCAGUGUUAAAUAAUCGGUUUAUCAAGGUCUAUUGGCAUAGAGAAGGCAGUGCUCUACCAAUGCCAGCUUCAGUGCAAAAGGUAAUACAGCCCUUAGCCCAGCAACCCAUUUUACCUGUUGUGAAGCAGUCCGUCAAGGAGCGGUUAGGUCCGGUACCUGCCAGUAACAUUGAGCCUGCUGAAGCUCAGAGUGCCAGUACAGAAGCUAUUCAGAAUGUAACAAAGCUAUCUGUGAAGGACAGGUUGGGCUUUGUACCUAAACCACCUAUUUCGACUACUGAGAAGGUGUUGUCUACUUCUACUGGCUUGACAAAAACAGUGUAUAACCCAGCUGCUUUGAAGGCAGCUCAGAAAACGUUGCCUGUUGUUAACACUUCCGUGCUAGAUUCUAGUGAAGCACAGAAGAAAAAACAGGAGGCACUACGACUUCAGCAAGAUGUGAGAAAGAAAAAGCAAGAGAUCUUAGAAAAGCACAUUGAAACACAAAAGAUGCUGAUUUCAAAGCUGGAGAAGAAUAAAACGAUGAAGUCAGAGGACAAGGCCGAAAUCAUGAAAACUCUGGAGACUUUGACUAAUAGUAUCACCAAAUUAAAGGAUGAAUUGAAAGGAGUCUCUUCUCCAGCAAGCACUCCACUGAAAAACAUGAAAACAAAGACACAGAUGCAAAAAGAGCUACUGGAUACAGAGUUGGACUUGUAUAAGAAGAUGCAGGCUGGGGAAGAGAUUACUGAACUAAGAAGAAAGUACACAGAACUGCAGCUUGAAGCUGCGAAGCGAGGAAUUCUUUCCUCAGGUCGUGGGAGAGGACUUCACACCAGAGGUCGUGGUGUCUGUCGUGGGAGAGGUAGGGGAGGACGAGGACGGGGUCGAGGAAGAGGAGUUUCUGUUCAUGAUGUGGUGGACCAUCGUCCGAGGGCACUUGAAAUCUCUGCAUUUACAGAGAAUGACCGAGAAGAUCUCCUUCCUCAUUUUGCGCAAUAUGGUGAAAUUGAAGACUGCCAGAUAGAUGACUCAUCUCUCCACGCAGUGAUUACUUUCAAGACAAGAGGAGAUGCUGAAGCCGCUGCUAUCCAUGGAGCUAGAUUCAAAGGGCAAGACCUGAAGUUGGCCUGGAACAAGCCGGUCAUAAAUAUGUCAGCAGUGGAAACAGAGGAGACAGAGCCAGAUGAAGAAGAAUUUCAGGAAGAAUCCUUGGUAGAUGACUCAUUGCUUCAAGAUGAUGAUGAAGAUGACGACGACAAUGAAUCUCGUUCUUGGAGAAGAUGAUUCAGCUUAUUAUUGACAACGCUAGAACUGUACCUGUGUUGCAUUAGCAUUUCCUAAUGUACUUUUGCAUAUUUGUACUACAAGGAGUUUGGGUGAAAGUGAUGGGUUUCAGAUAAGACACAAGUGGCUGAUUGAUCCUGUAUUUUGAGUGAUUGAUGUUCAAGUUGCAUUUACAUUUCGGUAAAUGAUUGCUAAAGACAUCAUAUUAGGAACAUAUGCAAUGUUUUUAUUACUUCUAUGGAAACAUUACAGAAUUCUUUGGAUUCUUUGUAAUUUAAAGAAUUGGUCACACAACCAAAUGACCAACAGUUGUUAUAACAUAGCUAAUUUUUGUUUUGUUUUAUUCCAAAUAUGGAAUGAAAAUUUGCAUUUAAGAUCUUUGUGAAUGUUUUCAGAAAUGAUAGAUAACAGUACUAAACUGAAAUCUCUCUAAAGUUAUGUAUUCAUAAUAUUGCAUAGUAGUAUGCUUAGGCUUUACUAUGUACUAGCCUUUUGUUGGAUUUGUGUACGUAUUUUACGUAUGAGUUUUAAUGAUACAGUGUAUGACUGCUUUACAUAUAUCUCCUUAUCACCUUUAAGAUGUAUAAAAAAAUAAAGAAAUGGAAUGGUCUUAAAAAAAAAAAGAGGAAAAAAAAGCAAUAAUGAAGUUAUACUAUAGCCCAUGAUAACGGAGAAAAAAAAUUAAAAGAAAAAAAAAGAAUGAGACCAUUCCAAGUGGCAACCCCACCCCACCCCAUACUCAAAAAAAGAGCUGAAUCACUGUCACUUUUUCAACUUCAUAAACAAUAAAACUAUAGAAAACAAGGCAUUGAAGCCAUAUGCUUAGCUUACGUAUAUACUGCGUGCUCAAAAUCUUUUGAAGCACACUUUAGGGCAAAGUGGCUACCUAACUUCAGAAAUGAGGCUUUGAGAAUUCUUGCUCAAGGAUUAGACAAUCGCUCUCAUAUCCUGGGAACUGAAGAGAACCUGCUCCUUGUGUGGUGAAACUCAAGCUUAAAGAAAUAUAGUAAAAUGGGUUGAGAAACCGGUCACUCCCAAACUGCUGUAUUCAGCUUCAAAGAUUUCCCUGUACUUUUGAGUCUCAUAAGCAAUGAUGGAAAAAUGGAGAAUGUCUGUGGUCACUGCAGUUGGCCAACUUCUCAGAAUUGCUGAACCAGUGCAAAGUUUUAAAUGAAAAUUUUAAACUACUACACAGAUGGAAUGCUAUAAAAGGCUUUGCCCCUGGAAAAUGAUGUCCGAAGGUGCCCUUAAUUUUAAUUAGGCAAUCAGUUGAUCAACAUAUGGAAGGCUGACCUGUCCCUUUCCACAAAAUCAUCCAGAAUUUCUUAAGAGGAGGAAAAGACUACAGUGAUCGUGAGGCUGGAAUGCUAUGCUUUGCUCUCUUGGAGGAAGAAUGAGAUACAUACGUUACAAAUAUUCAUCUAGUCAUCUCCUUACUUUGGGUCUCUGGCAGAAAAAGUUUUGAAUUCUGAAUUGAUUAAAAGUUCUGAAUUGAUUCAGUUCCACGUGUGCAUAUGAGACAGUUUGUGAUGUCUUACUAUAUUUGUUGUAUUGUCGGCUACAUGAAUGUAACACUUGCACUUCUGUGAAUUUCUGUCCUAGAAAAGGGCUCGUGCAAUUUCAUUUAUACAGAAAGCUCUUUAAAUUGAUUUCCUGUAUUUUUUUAUAAUAAACAUUAUUUUUAAAGCAGUGUA